AGACCGAUAGACAGUUUUAUGAUUCGCAAAAGGAACUGUGGACGCUGCCUUCAAAGCACACAGACAAACCGUGCUCCUCCGCCUCCGAAGACAUCGAUGAUAGCGUUAUUAUUUAACAUUUCUCUCCCACUCCCCUUUUCCCUAUACUUCCCACGAAAUGUACCACUACCACUGAGUGAAUAGAUUCGUUUUCACCAAGGGAAUUCCCGGACCUGACGCGGGAAUCGUCUUUGGAAACUUUUGCGACUCAUUCCGGGCUGGUAUUGCUCAAGCACAUAACGGAUUCAGGGAGCUAAACUCAUCUCUCCAGCACUCUCCCUUCUUCAAUAGCUACGACCAGAGAUAAUCAUCCAUCCUGACCAUCACCAGAAGAGGAUACACUUUAUGAACAUUUUUUAUGGAAACGGGACAAGUAUUGCUGUUGAAAUAGUUGUCUAUAUUGGUAUUUUAUGAUGUAUACUUGCUCCCGAUGCAGGUGCUGUGAGAAUUGAAUGGUUUAUCAUUGAACUUUGCUCGGCAAUCUGAAACGGAUUUUUAUCAAAGGAACCCAGAAAGGGUCAGGCUGUUUUGUUGCCAUUCGUAGCCUAAAUUUAAAAAAAAAAUAGGUCUGCCUCCUUGCAAUACAGACUGAAAGCCACGAUUGCUAGUGUCUGCUACAAUUGAGUUAAAACACAAUAGCUCUGUAUCCUGCAGUCAACAUGGACUCUGCUCCUAUUUUUAUCCAAAAGGUUACAGUUUAAAGGACACAUACUCCUUUUAUUGACCGCGGUAUUGCAUAAGCCUAUCGAUAAUUGCAUUAAUGGGUUUAUGUUAGUUGGAAUUUACUCAUAUUAUUUCAGUCCUGUGUGUGACUGUACAAACUUUCAAUUGAUCUGCUCCACAUACCGUUCCUUCUGAGCAGUUGGCAUUUGUUUGAUCGCGCGGUCUCGCUUGAGCGCCCUGAGACCCGGAGAUUGCCCGGUUUCAGCGACAACAACGUUCACAGAGCGGACAGUUGCAAGAUCCACACAGACAACUCAACACAGACACGAUAACUCCGGGACGACUUGGUCAGCGGCACAACAUCUAUUCAGCGUGCCGGACACACGCUGUUUAUUUAGCCCGGCUGUGGACAAUGGCUGGAGUUUCGCCUGGACUGAGGUGGCGCGCCUCAUGGAUUUUAUUGUUUUCCCUGUUUAUCCACUACACAACAGCUCAAGAUGAUGUGCCGCCCUACUUUAAGACGGAGCCGGUGCGGAGCCAGUUGCACCUGGAGCGUAACAGGCUGGUGUUGACAUGUAUGGCGGAGGGGAGCUGGCCCCUGGAGUUCAAAUGGAUCCAUAAUGGCACUGAGCUCACACGGUUCUCAUUGGAGUACAGGUACCUGAUUCCCUCCCUGGACCGUUCCCAUGCUGGCUUCUACCGAUGUAUCGUCAGGAACCGUGUAGGAGCCUUACUACAGAGGAGGACUGAAGUACAGGUGGCAUUCAUGGGCAGUUUUGAAGAGGGUGAGCGUGCCCAGUCGGUCUCUCAGGGGGAGGGGGCGGUUGUUCCCGCUCCACGCAUCAGGAGCUUUCCCCAGCCGCAGGUCACAUGGUUCAGAGACGGACGCAAGAUUCCGCCCAGCAGCCGCAUAGCCAUUACCCUGGACAACACUCUGGUCAUCCUGUCCACGGUGGCCCCUGAUGCUGGACGCUACUAUGUACAGGCGGUCAACGACAAGAACGGGGAAAACAAGACCAGCCAACCCAUCACCCUGUCUGUUGACAAUGUGGGUGGUCCUGCAGACCCUAUCGCCCCCACCAUAAUCAUCCCCCCCAGGAACACCAGUGUAGUGUCAGGCACGUCUGAAGUCACCAUGGAGUGUGUCGCCAACGCCAGACCCCUGAUCAAACUCAGCAUCACAUGGAGGAAGAACAGGGUUCUUGUCACCAGUGGUCUGAGUGACUUCAACCGCAGACUGACCAUUAUCAGCCCUGUGGUCAGUGACUCAGGGUUCUAUGAGUGUGAGGUGGUCCUCCGCAGCAGCAGUGUGCCUUCUGUCAACGCUGGGGCCUUCCUACAUGUUCAAGAGCCCCCCCAGUUUGUGAAGGAACCAGAGAAACACAUUACUGCCGAGAUGGAGAAAGUGGUGGAUAUCCCCUGCCAGGCACGAGGUGUGCCUCAGCCAGACAUUGUGUGGUAUAAGGAUGCGGUGCCCAUCAGUCCGGUGAAGACCCCGAGGUACAGGGUGUUGGUGGGAGGCAGUCUGCAGGUCAACGGCCUUCUGCCCGACGACACAGGAAUGUUCCAGUGUUUCGCCCGGAAUCUAGCUGGAGAGGUGCAGACCAACACCUACCUGGCUGUCACUAGCAUCGCCCCUAACAUCACAGCUGGGCCAUCCGACAGUACAGUGAUUGAUGGCAUGUCAAUCAUCCUCCACUGUGAAACAUCAGGAGCUCCCAGACCGGCCAUCACCUGGCAGAAAGGUGAGCGUGUCCUGGCCAGUGGUUCUGUCCAGCUGCCCAGGUUCACCCUGCUGGAGUCAGGCAGCCUGCUCAUCUCUCCCUCCCACUUAUCAGAUGCUGGCACCUAUACCUGCAUGGCCAGCAACUCCCGGGGCAUAGACGAGGCUGCUGCUGACCUGUUGGUGUGGGCUCGUACACGUAUCAACACUCCCCCUCAGGACCAGAGUGUCAUCAAAGGCACCAAGGCCACCAUGACCUGUGGAGUUACACACGACCCCAGUGUCACCGUUAGGUAUGUAUGGGAGAAGGAGGGCUCGGUCAUCAACGCCCAGUCUAUCCCCCGUAUCCGGCUGGACUCUGAUGGUACCCUUCACAUCUCCCAGACCUGGUCAGGUGACAUCGGGACCUACACCUGCAGGGUCACCUCUGUAGGGGGCAACGACUCACGCAGCGCACACCUCCGAGUCAGGCAGCUGCCCUAUGCCCCAGAGAACCCUGUGUCUCUGCUGAGCUCCUCAGAGAAGAGGGCCAUCAACCUGACAUGGGCCAAACCCUUUGACGGGAACAGCCCCCUAAUCCACUACGUCCUGGAGGUCUCCGAGAACAACGCUCCCUGGGCUAUCCUCCUGGCCAACAUAGAGCCUGAGUCGACCGCGGUGACAGUCAGUGGGCUCAUCCCAGCACGCUCCUACCAGUUCCGCCUGUGUGCCGUCAAUGACGUGGGAAAGGGACAGUUCAGCAAGGAGACUGACCGUGUAUCUCUACCAGAGGAACCUCCCAGUGCUCCUCCCCAGAACGUGAUCGCCAGCGGCCGCACCAACCAGUCCAUCAUGAUCCAAUGGCAGCCCCCACCAGAGAGCCACCAGAACGGGAUCCUCAGAGGCUACAGCGUCCGGUACCGUCUGACAGGUCUUCCAGUGGACUACCAGAGUAAGAACAUCUCCAAACCAGACGUGACCAACCUUCUCCUGGAAGAUCUUAUCAUCUGGACCAAUUAUGAGAUCGAAGUGGCAGCCUACAACUGGGCGGGGCUAGGAACCUUCAGCCACAAGGUCACUGAGUGGACGUUGCAAGGAGUGCCGACUAUAGCCCCCAGUAACGUUCAGGCAGAGGCUGUCAACUCCACAACCAUCCGUAUCACCUGGGCCGCCCCUAACCCUCAGUUCAUCAACGGGAUCAACCAGGGAUACAAGCUGUUGGCAUGGGAGCCAGGUCAGGAAGAGGAGGUCACCAUGGUUACAGUGAGACCUAACUUCCAGGAUAGCGUGCAUGUGGGCUACGUGAUAGGGCUGAAGAAGUUCAGAGAGUACUACACCUCUGUGCUUUGUUUCACUACACCAGGGGAUGGCCCCCGCAGCCCUGCUAAAGGCCUUAGGACACAUGAAGACACUCCUGGGGCUGUGGGUCACCUGAGCUUCACAGAUAUCCUAGACACCUCUCUCAAAGUGAGCUGGAGAGAACCUGGAGAGAAGAAUGGAGUCCUCACAGGCUACCGUAUCUCGUGGGAGGAGUUUAACCGCACCAACACACGGGUGACCCACUACCUCCCCAACGUGACCCUGGAGUACCGCGUCACAGGGCUGACCGCCCUCACCACCUAUACCAUCGAGGUGGCCGGCAUGACCUCCAAGGGUCAGGGACAACUGUCCUCCUCCACCAUCUCUUCUGGAGUACCUCCAGAGCUGCCGGGUCCUCCCACCAACAUGGCCAUCUCCAACAUCGGCCCUCGAUCCAUCACCCUCCAGUUCAAACCUGGCUAUGAUGGAAAGACCUCCAUCUCUCGCUGGCAGGUAGAGGCCCAGGUCAGUGUGAUAGGAGACAAUGAAGACUGGGUGAUUGUUCACCAGCUGCCCAACGAGCCUGAUGCCCGCUCCAUGGAGGUGCCAGGACUCAACCCAUACACUUUCUACAGGUUCCGUAUGCGUCAGGUAAACAUUGUGGGGACCAGUCCUCCAAGUCAGCCCUCCAGAAAGAUCCAGACCUUGCAGGCCCCUCCAGACAUGUCCCCCGCAAACGUCACCCUGCGCACGGCCAGCGAGACCAGUCUGUGGCUUCGAUGGGUGCCCCUACCAGAGUGGGAGUACAAUGGGAACCCAGAUCUGUUGGGUUACCGGCUCCAAUACUCCCGUACAGGCUCCCAGGGUAAGGCACUGACCCAUGUGAUAGCUGACCGGCUGGAGAGGGAGUUCACUAUCGAGGACCUGGAGGAGUGGACAGAGUAUGAGGUCAGGGUUCAGGCUCUCAACGGUAUCGGGGCCGGGCCCUGGAGCCAGCCAGUCAGAGGGAGGACCAGGGAGUCUGUCCCCUCCUGUGGCCCUACCAACAUGUCAGCCUUCGCCACCACCUCCAGCAGUAUCCUGGUGCGCUGGUUUGAAGUACCAGAACAAGACCGGAAUGGACUUAUCUUGGGCUACAAGGUGUUGUAUAAGGAGAAGGACUCCGACUCGUCCCUCCAGUUGUGGACAAUAGAGGGGAACGCCAGCCACAGUGUCCAGCUGACUGGUCUGGGGAAAUACGUCCUUUAUGAGAUCCAGGUCCUGGCCUUCACCCGCAUCGGAGACGGCGUCCCCAGCUCGCCACUCAUACUGGAGAGGACCCUGGACGACGUGCCCGGUCCUCCAGUGGGCAUCCUGUUCCCUGAGGUCCGGACCACCUCGUUGCGUCUCAUCUGGCAGUCCCCGUCUCAGCCAAACGGCAUUAUCCUGGCCUAUCAGAUCACGUAUCGUUUGAACUCGAGCAACAGCAACACGGCCACAGUGGACGUGCUGAACCCGAGUGCUCGUCAGUACAUGGUGACGGGUCUGAAAAAAGAUUCCAUGUAUGUGUUCCGCAUCACAGCCCAGACACGCAAGGGCUGGGGAGAGGCCUCAGAGGCACUGGUGGUCACCACCGAGAAGAGAGCUCGCCCCCAGCCCACCAAUCGUCCCAUGGUGCCCCAGAAGGAUGUUCAGGCCCGCAGUGUGUUGUUGUCAUGGGAACCAGGCAGUGAUGGCCUCUCUCCGGUCCGCUACUACACCGUGCAGCUGAGAGAACUGCCCGACAGCAACUGGACUAUCCACUCUGCCUCGGUCACCCACGAGGCCAGCUCCUACAUAGUUGGCAGGCUGAAGCCCUUCACCUCCUACCAGUUUAGAGUGAAAGCCACCAAUGACAUAGGAGACAGUGAAUACAGCGAGGAGAGUGAAGCUAUCACGACACUACAGGAUGCCCCUGACGAAGCCCCCACAAUCCUCUCUGUCACGCCACACACAACUACAUCCGUGCUGAUUCGCUGGCAGCCUCCGUCUGAGGAGAAGAUUAACGGUAUCCUCCUGGGCUUCCGGAUACGGUACCGGGAGCUCCUGUACGACCGUCUCCGCAGUUUCUCCGUACUCACUGCCAACAGCCCCUCUGCUACCUGGGCCGAGCUCACCUCCCCCUACAGCGUACGAAACCUGAGCGAGUCCUCUCUCACCCAGUAUGAGCUGGAUAACCUGAGCAAACACAAGCGCUAUGAGAUCAGGAUGAGUGUUUAUAAUGUCAUGGGGGAGGGACCAACUAGCACACCACAGGAAGUGUUUGUCGGAGAGGCAGUACCCACUGCCCCACCCCAGAACGUGGCCAUCCAAACAGCAACGGCCACCCAGCUGGAUGUGACGUGGGAGUCUCCUCCAUUGGACACUCAGAACGGAGACAUCCAGGGCUACAAGGUGUACUUCUGGGAGCUCCAGCGUAAGAACGAGACAGAAAGGCUGCGGACCCUGUUCUUGCCAGAGGGAGGGGUCAAGCUGAAGAACCUGACUGGAUACACCACCUACAUGAUAAGUGUGGCCCCCUUCAACGCAGCUGGGGACGGGCCCCGGAGCCCCCCGACCAGGGGCCGCACACAGCAGGCUGCCCCCAGUGCUCCCAGCUUCAUCCACUUCAGUGAGCUGACCACUACUUCAGUCAACGUGUCCUGGGGUGAGCCCACCUACCCCAACGGCAUCCUGGAGGGCUACCGGCUGGUCUACGAGCCCUGCACCCCUGUGGACGAGUCUACCGUGGCCUGUGCCGACUGUCUUCACUCCCCCUCCCCCCCAGGCGUCAGUAAGAUAGUGACGGUGGACGUCAAAGGGGCCCCGUUCUGGAUGAAGAUCAAGGAUCUGGCUGACGGGGUGACCUACAACUUCAGGAUCCGGGCCAAGACGUUCACCUAUGGGCCUGAGGUGGAGGCUAACAUCACCAUGGGGCCUGGGGAAGGAGCCCCCGGCCCCCCUGGAGAGCCCUUCAUCUCUCGCUACGGCUCAGCUCUGACCAUCCACUGGGCUAACGGUGACCCCGGGAGGUCGCCUAUCACACGCUACGUCAUCGAGGCUAGACCCUCAGAUGAAGGCUUGUGGGAUAUCUUGAUCAAGGACAUCCCAAAGGAAGUGACGUCAUACACCUUCAACAUGGACAUUCUGAAGCAAGGGGUUAGUUAUGACUUCCGGGUCAUUGGUGUGAACGACUACGGCUACGGAUCUCCUAGUCCACCCUCAGCCUCCAUAUCUGCCAAAAAGGUAGCACCGUUCUAUGAGGAGUGGUGGUUCCUUGUGGUGGUGGCUCUCGUGGGACUCAUCUUCAUCCUUCUACUGGUCUUCAUCCUUAUCAUCAGAGGACAGAGCAAGAAGUACGCCAAGAAGUCUGAAUCAGUGUCUCCCUAUGUGUGUUCAUCAGGGAACAACUCUAACUGUAAUGCCCUGACCCAUGGAGAUAUGGUCAGCCUGGACGAGGGACGCUUCCCCGCCCUCGAACUCAACAACCGCCGGCUGUCCGUCAAGAACUCUUUCUGCCGUAAGAACGGCGUCUACACCAGGUCUCCUCCUCGGCCCAGCCCAGGCAGUCUAAACUACUCUGAUGAGGAUUUAAGCACCACCAAGUACAACGAUCUGAUCCCAGCUGAGACCAGCAGCCUGACCGAGAAACCAUCUGAGAUAUCAGACUCUCAGGUACCAACAGAGGCCCUCGUGUUCUCGUAUGGGACGGGUGGUCUGCGUGUGCUUCCACUGAAUUGGGGCAGUGACAGUGAGUAUGAGGUGGACCAGAACAGACAGAAGACCCACUCUUUCGUGAGCCACUACAUCAGUGACCCAACCUACUACAACUCCUGGCGCCGCCAACAGAAAGGCAUUUCCAGGGCUCAAGCCUACAGCUACACUGAGUCAGAGUCGGGCGACCCAGAGCCCUGCGCCCCGCCACCACCCCUGCCCCCAUUGCCACCCCAGCUCACCUCCACCACCCCUCCGCUUAAGCUCCAGACCCAGGGUCAAGCCCAGGGCCAACCCCAGGGCCUCCCACCCCAGGGCCAAGGUAGUCUCUUCAGGCCUAAAGGCAGCCGGACUCCCACCCCCUCUCAGCAGCUCUCCACCUCCACCCCCUCCAGCCAUUCCAACACCCUGUCCUACUGGCCCCCCAGCAGCCCCAGCCCCGCCCCUGGAUCUCGGGCCCCAAUUGCCGGGUUCUCUUCCUUCGUUUGAUGCAAAGAGAGGGAUCCGUGCUCCCUUCUGAAAACAAAGCCCACCCCGCCGCCCAAUGUGUGUUUGUUUAGAGAGUAAACACAAAACACACAACAAACAAACCCUCAAAGUCUAUCAUUUUCAUUUUGGUUUCUGUCAUGGCUGGUGUUAUUCAAAACAAUUCUUGCUUGUAUUUCUAUUUUCUUUUUAUUGCUGAGUUAUGUUUUAACGAACAUACUGUAUACAGACAGGACAGAAGUUACAUACUUUCUUUCAGUACUUUUUUCCUCUUGUGUGCGUGUGCUGGUAUAGUUUUAUUUUCAUUUUUUAAUCACGACAGCUACUGAGACAGCUCCUUAGAACAUGAUAGUAUCUAUUCGCUUUUCUGUUAGUGUUGCUGCUUGAUCAAGUUGCAUGAGUUUAAAAAAAUAUAUUAUUUAUUUUUAUUUUUCAUUGUUACACUUCUACACACAUUCAACAAGAGAAUAAUCUAGUUAGGUUCUGUAAAAAGUCAAGAUAUUCUUGUAAAAAAAUAUCUAGAAGACGAUAAAAGUGUCAUGGCGUCGAUCCACACUCGGAUAACAAGCACCAAGUGGGAUCCCAAAAUGGAGCCAUACUAGCGAAUUUGAAUGAUAGAGAGAGGCACAGGGUAUAGAAAGGACAAAGUGAUGAAAGUGAAAAACGAGGAGAUGGGAAAUUGAGGCUGAAAUGAGCCCACCAUUAUUCUGGCGGUUUUGAGAUGCCGGGGCCUGUCCAAUUUGGCCAAAGGAAGUUUCUGUCUUCAUGUGAGACAUGUUAGUGACCUCUGCCCAAAGAUCUAUGGACCACGACCCUCCUUGGAAUCAGCUCUCUGGCGUGGCAUAGCCUAUAGCGCAUGCACAAUUGAGUCUGACAGCAUUUCGAUGUCACAGGCAAGUCACAUCUCUGUGCCUCUGUGCUGUACGUACUAUACAAGGGCCGGUCACCUGGCCAGGGAGGAGAUGGGAAAGGAAGUGAAAUGUACUAUAUGUCUAAAGAGAAAAUGUUCAGGUUGGUCUUCAAGUUUUGUUUUUCAAUGUCCUUUAGUGUAUCAGACAUGCAUUGAUUGAUUAUAACUAGGGAUUAAUAUUUUCCGUAAAAUCUACCACUUUUCCUUCCCGACAAAAUUACAAGCCCUUCCCGGGAAUCCUGUUAUUCCCGUUCAAACCAGAAAUGCUAUUUUAAAGCAUAUAUUACCAGCAAAAAAAAUCUGACGGAGUUAUACCACUGUAAAUGGAUAAAUAUACACAGGAAUCUAACAGUUACUUGUUGUAUUUGUCGCAAUUAAACAAGUUCUCAGUCAAUACACUAUGUAUGUGAACCCUUUGGAAUGACCUGGAUUUCUGCAUAAAUUGGUCUUAACAUUUGAUCUGAUCUUCAUCUAAAUCACAACAAUAGACAAACACAGCCUGCUUAAACUAAUAACACACAAACAAUUACUUGUGUUCAUGCCUUUAUUGAACACACCGUGUAAACAUUCAAAUCCUUUGGCAACAAUAAACCCAACCAAACGUUUUCUGUAGUUGCGGAUCAGACCUGCACAACGGUCAGAAGACAUCUUGGACCAUUCCUCUUCACAAAACUGUUUCAGUUCAGCAAUAUUCUUGGGAUGUCUGGUGUGAACCGCUCUCUUGAGGUCAUGCCACAUCAUCUCAAUCAGGUUGAGGUCAGGACUCUGACUGUGCCACUCCAGAAGGCUUAUUUUCCUCUGUUGAAGCCAUUCUGUUGUUGAUUUACUUCUGUGUUUUGGGUCGUUGUCCUGUUGCAUCACCCAACUUAUGUUGAGCUUCAAUUGGCGGACAAAUAGCCUUACAAUCUCCUGCAAAAUGUCUUGAUAAACUUGGGAAUUCAUUUUUCUGUUGAUGAUAGCAAGUUGUCCAGGCUCUGAGGCAGCAAAGCAGCCCCAAACCCUGAUGCUCCCUCCACCAUACUUUACAGUUGGGAUGAGGUUUUGAUGUUGGUGUGCUGUGCCUUUUUUUCUCCACACAUAGUUUUGUGUGUUCCUUCCAAACAACUCAACUUUAGUUUCUUAUGUCCACAGAAUAUUUUGCCAGUAGCGCUGUGGAACAUCUAGGUGCUCUUUUGCGAACUUCAGACGUUCAGCAAUGUUUUUUUUUGGACAGCAGUGGCUUGUUUCGUGGUGUCCUCCCAUGAACACAUUCUUGUUUGGUGUUAUAUGUAUUGUAGACUCGUCAACAGAGAUGUUAGCAUGUUCCAGAGACUUCUGUAAGUCUUUAGCUGACACUAGAAUUAUUCUUAACCUCAUUGAGCAUUCUGCGCUGUGCUCUUGCAGUCAUAUUUGCAGGACGGCUACUCAUAGGGAGAGUAGCAACAAUGCGGAACUUUCUCCAUUUAUAGACAAUUUGUCUUACCGUGAACUGAUGAACGUCAAGGCUUUUAGAGAUACUUUUGCAACCCUUUCCAGCUUUAUGUAAGUCA